AUGGGUGAUAUAUUGUCCAAACCAAUUAUCAAUGAUGAAGAAAUUCUAAUAGAUGAUUUGUCAUUAAAACCAAUAAAACGUUGUUUUUCAUUACAAGAAGAAAAAAAUAAAGAAUUAAUUUUAAUAUGGUUAGAUGAAAAAUCUGGUGAUGAUACACUUGAUACAUUACGUACAAAGACAUUACUUCGACAAAUAAAUAAUGAUCAUUGUUUAUUUUUUAAUCAAAUUAAUCCAUUUCUUAAUCAGAUUGAAAUAUUAAAGAAUAAAAAUAUGAAAAUCUUAGUUGUUAUAUCUGGUUCAUUUGCUCAAAUAAUUCUUCCAAAAAUACAUGACAUUAUUUCAACGAUAAUUAUAUUUUGUGGAAAUUAUAAUAAAUAUUCUGAAUUAAAUAGUAAAUAUAUCAAUGUUACUGAUGUUUGCACUGAUCAUGAAACAUUAAAAAAUUGUAUCGAACGUGAAAUUUCAUCGUUAAAAUUAAAUUUAUUUGAAAAGCAAACUUAUAAAACUAUUCGAACGUUAACAUCCUCAGAAAAUAUUCUUGGAAAUGGUGACGCUUAUUUUUCUUAUAUUUUAUUUAUUGAAUUAUUAAAACAAAUGCCACAAACAAAACAAAUGAAAGAAAUUAUGUUAAAUAAAUGUAAAGAUUAUUAUCGACGAGAUAAACAAGAAUUAGAAAAAAUUAAUAAUUUUCAUUUAUAUUAUAAUUCAGAAAAAGCAAUUGAUUGGUAUAUUGAAGAUUGUUUUGUUUAUCAUUUAAUUAAUCGUGCAUUCCGAACAGAAGAUAUUUCAUUAUGGUAUCUUUUUCGAUUUUAUAUUGUUGAUCUUUGUAAACAAUUAGAAAAAAUUCAUAAAGAACAAAAUAUUCAACAUAAUUUAAUACUCUAUCGUGGUGAAGCACAUUUACCGAAAAAAGAAUUUGAAAAUUUAAAAACAAAUAUUGGUGGAUUAAUUUCAACAAACGGAUUUUUUUCUACAAGUCAACAAAUUGACAUUGCUCAAGUAUUUAUUUCUGAUGCAAAAGAUACUGAUGAGUUUAAAGUUGUUAUAUUUCAAAUAACAGUUCAUACAUCUCAAUUAAAAAAUAUUAUUUUUGUUGAUAUAGAUAAAUAUACUGGAAAAAUAGGUGAGAAUGAAGUUCUUUUUAAUAUUGGAUCAGUAUUUAGGAUUGAAAAUGUCGAAUAUGAUAAUGAUAUGGAAGUAUGGAAAAUUGAAAUGAAUGCUACUGAUGAAGAUAUAUAUCAAAUAGAAUAUCGAUUUGAUAUAAUGCGAGAAAAGUUUGAAAAAGGUAAUAUUAAUCUAUUAUUUGGUCGUCUUUUAUUAGAUAUGAAACAAUAUGCUAAAGUUGAAUCUUAUUUUCGAAUGAUGUUAUCAAUUUUACCAAGAGAACAUGAAGAUUUAGCUUCUGUUUAUGAUCAUAUUGGUGAUCUUAAUAUGCGUAUUACCAAUUGGAAUGAAGCCUAUACAAGUUUUUGCAUAGCAUUGAAUAUAAAAAAGACACGAUUACGUUCUAAUCACCCUAGUUUUGCAGUAACGUUCAAUGGAAUUGGUAAUUAUUAUAAAGCAAUUGAUAAUAUAUCACAAGCAUACAGUUAUUAUUUGAAAGCAUUGGAAUGUAAUAAUGAUGAAUAUAAUAAAAUCAUUGCCAAAUUAAAUAUUGCAAAUAUUCAUAUGAUAAAUCAAGAAUUUGAUAAUGCCUUGAAUUUAUGUAUCGAAAUACGAGAUAUUCUACAUCGAAUAAAAUCAUAUUCACAAAUAGAAAUUAUAUAUUGUCAAGGUUUUAUUGGUGAUAUUUAUUUAGCGAAAAAAAAUUAUCAGUAUGCUGAAGAUUUUUAUUUACUAGCAUUUGAACUAAGUAGAAGAUUUUUAUUUCCUGAUGAUCAUUGUCAAAUACGAUGUAUCAAAGCGUUAGUUAAUUUAUAUCAAGAGCAAGGCAAUGAAAGACAAGCAAUGCUAUUUUGUAAAGAACAAUUAUCAUUCCAGUAUAUUCAUCUUGAAGAAGAUGAUACAAGUAUUGCUUAUCUUUUAAUGAAGUUAGGUGAUCUUCAUACAAAUGAUGAUCUCGAAAAACUUCAAAUCUACAAGAGAGCACUGCAUAUUUUGGAGAAAAAAGUUCAUCAGGAAUAUUUCAUAACAUCCAUCUGUCUGAUGAACUUGGCAAAAUGUUGUCUCUACUGGAAUGAACAGGAGAAAGCGUUGACAUAUUAUCUGAGAGCUCUGGAAAUACAAAAUAAAAUCUAUCCUGCAAAUCAUUCGAAAAUAAUUGAAACACAAAGACUUAUUCAAUCCAUGGAAUAA